AUGUCGAAACCAAGAACUAAGUAUGCUAUUAACAGGAAUAAUUCUAGUGACGAUGAUCCCGAGCUUGUUGAAGUGAUUCGAAAUAGAACGAGGGAAGUGCAAGAACAAUCUGAAGCCUUUCGUAUCGCACAGGAGGAAGAAAUGGGUCAAAUAAGGGGCACAGGGAGUAAAUCCAAAGGGAUCAACAUCAAUGACCCACCACCUCGAGCGGAGGAACAAACACAUGAAGAACCUGAUUCUGAUACACCUACUGAACAAGAAGGUGGUGAGGAGGAGAGGAUUGAAGAACAAAGUGGUGGCAAGGAAGAAGAAGGUGACGAGGAAAGUGAUAAAGAGAUAAGAGAAGUCGUUCAAGAACAAGAAGGAGACCCUAAAGGAAAAGGUCAGAAGAAAGAAGUUCCAAAGAAGAAGAAAGGUGACCACAUGCCCGACGAUCUGAAGAUGCUUGCUCGCGGCCCUGAUGAUCCACCUUUAGGGAUACCAACUGAUGGAGGAAAUUUGUUAUGGGGUUACAAAGGAAGUUGGGCCGGCGUCGUCUACAAUACCACAGAUCACAAGCAUGUCGUUCGUCUUAUGAAUCCUGGAACGUCAGUGAGUAAGAUGAGGCAACGACCACUUAUAGAUGAUGAAUUAAUCAGGGGAGAAGUUCCGGAAGUGGUCGAUCUAGUCAAUUCUACGGGGUUGCUUUCUGUGGUCAAUAAUUUGGUCCACCUUACUUACGAUAGACCUCUUUGUUCCGCCUUUGCCGAGAGAUACUACGGGGAAACGGAUACUUUACAUCUUCCAUUUGGAGAAAUGACGAUAACUCCAAAUGGUGCGAAGUUCAUUACUGGGCUAAGCAUAGAAGGUAAAGCCGUGAAGAAAAAAGAUUAUGCGCAAGAGCUUGAUUGGGACAAGAUUUAUGCGUGGACCAAGGAAGUGUUCCAAUGGGAUGAGGAGAAGACCAAGAAUGAGAUGCUAGUAGGCAAGGCAAAGCGGAGGAUAUUCCAUCUCUCGAGGCUGAGGAGCAACUUUAUCGGAACAAAGAAGCUUAGUCAUGAGGGAAAAGCGGUGAGGCCGCAACGUAUCAUCGCCACGGACAAUGCGUAUGUACUCUAUAUCCUUAGAGCUGUUAUCUUCCCUGACGUUUCCGGUGCCCGUGUUAACGCCAACUUUAUCCAGCUGUUGCAACCAUUUGACAAGAUACAAGACUACUCUUGGGGCACUGCCAUCCUUGCACACUCUUUGAUGCAGGAAAAGGAAAGAAGGUUGGGUUCCCAGAGCAAGGUGAAUAUCAUGGGCCUUUGUUUCACCCAAGAGGAUAUGUAA